AUGAACAACUUUAUCCUCCUAGAAGAACAGCUCAUCAAGAAAUCGCAACAAAAGAGAAGAACUUCUCCCUCCAACUUUAAAGUCCGCUUCUUUGUUUUAACCAAAACCAGCCUGGCGUACUUUGAGAACCGUCAUGGGAAAAAGCGCACAUUGAAGGGCUCCAUUGAACUCUCCCGAAUCAAAUGUGUUGAGAUUGUGAAAAGUGACAUUAGUAUCCCAUGCCACUAUAAAUAUCCAUUUCAGGUUGUGCAUGACAAUUACCUCCUGUAUGUGUUUGCUCCAGACCGUGAGAGCCGGCAGCGCUGGGUUCUGGCCCUUAAAGAAGAAACAAGGAACAAUAACAGUUUGGUACCCAUGUAUCAUCCUAACUUCUGGAUGGAUGGGAGGUGGAGGUGCUGUGCUCAGCUGGAGAAGCUCGCAGUGGGCUGUGCCCAGUACGAUCCAACCAAGAAUGCUUCAAAGAAGCCUCUUCCUCCUACUCCUGAAGACAACAGGCGAUCACUCCAGGAACCUGAAGAAACCCUUGUCAUUGCCUUGUAUGACUAUCAAACGAACGACCCACAGGAACUUACGUUACAACGCAAUGAGGAAUACUACCUGCUGGACAGUUCCGAGAUUCACUGGUGGAGAGUGCAGGACAGGAAUGGGCAUGAAGGAUAUGUACCAAGCAGUUAUCUGGUGGAAAAGUCUCCAAAUAGCCUGGAAACCUAUGAGUGGUACAAUAAGAGUAUCAGCCGAGACAAAGCUGAAAAACUUCUUUUGGACACAGCCAAAGAAGGAGCCUUCAUGGUACGAGAUUCCAGGACUCCAGGAACUUACACCGUGUCUGUUUUCACUAAAGCCAUUGUAAGUGAGAACAACCCCUGUAUCAAGCAUUAUCACAUCAAGGAAACUAAUGAUAACCCCAAGCGAUAUUAUGUGGCUGAAAAGUAUGUGUUUGAUUCCAUCCCUCUCCUCAUCAAUUACCACCAACACAAUGGAGGAGGUCUGGUCACUCGACUCCGGUAUCCAGUUUGUUCCUGGAGGCAGAAAGCCCCAGUCACAGCAGGACUGAGAUAUGGGAAAUGGGUGAUUGAUCCCUCAGAGCUCACUUUUGUACAGGAAAUUGGCAGUGGGCAGUUUGGGUUGGUGCAUCUUGGCUACUGGCUCAACAAGGACAAGGUGGCCAUCAAAACCAUUCAAGAAGGGGCUAUGUCGGAAGAGGACUUCAUAGAGGAGGCUGAAGUCAUGAUGAAACUCUCUCACCCCAAACUGGUGCAGCUGUAUGGGGUAUGCCUAGAGAAGGCCCCCAUCUGCCUGGUGUUUGAGUUCAUGGAGCACGGCUGCCUGUCGGAUUACCUGCGCAACCAGCGAGGACUCUUUGCUGCAGAAACCCUGCUGGGCAUGUGCCUGGACGUGUGUGAGGGCAUGGCCUACCUGGAAGAGGCAUGUGUCAUCCACAGAGACCUGGCUGCCAGAAAUUGUUUAGUGGGAGAAAACCAAGUCAUCAAGGUGUCCGACUUUGGGAUGACAAGGUUCGUCCUUGAUGAUCAAUACACCAGUUCCACAGGCACCAAGUUCCCAGUGAAGUGGGCAUCCCCGGAAGUCUUCUCCUUCAGUCGCUAUAGCAGCAAGUCAGAUGUGUGGUCAUUUGGUGUGCUGAUGUGGGAAGUCUUCAGUGAAGGCAAAAUCCCGUAUGAAAACCGAAGCAACUCAGAGGUGGUGGAAGAUAUCUCUACUGGAUUUCGCUUAUACAAGCCCCGGCUGGCCUCCUCAAAUAUCUACCAGAUCAUGAAUCAUUGCUGGAAAGAGAAACCAGAAGACCGGCCACCUUUCUGCAGACUCUUGAGUCAACUGGCUGAAAUUGCAGAAUCAGGACUUUAG